UACAUACUGAUCUCUUUACUUCACUCUCCAACAGUUUGGUAAUAAUAUCUUGUGAGCUUCGAGAAUGUCGAUGUUAAUGGCGGCCAAAUCCACUUCACUCUAUAGCUCAAACCCAACAAUUUCAGCUAGAAUCGGGCAAAACCCUCGCGCUGUCAGAUCGGUUUAUCCGACGGUGAGAAUGCAGUCACGUGUUCACCGUCUGAUCGAAGAGCAGGGCGCUGUGCUUAUUCCCGGAGUCUACGACGCAUUAUCGGCGGCUAUUGUGCAGCAGACCGGAUUCUCCGCCGCAUUAAUAUCCGGUUACGCUCUCUCCGCCGUAACUUUGGGAAAACCCGAUUUCGGUUUGAUAACACCGCCGGAGAUGGCAGCAACGGCGAGAUCAGUGUGUGCUGCUGCUCCAACGAUUCCAAUCAUUGCCGAUGCAGAUACUGGUGGAGGAAAUGCUCUCAAUGUUCAAAGAACUGUCAAGGACUUAAUCGCAGCAGGUGCGGCUGGUUGCUUCCUUGAGGACCAGGCUUGGCCAAAGAGGUGUGGACAUAUGCGUGGCAAAGAGGUCAUACCUGCGGAGGAGCACGCUGCUAAAAUAGCAUCGGCAAGAGACGCUAUUGGAGAUGCUGACUUUUUUCUAAUCGCUAGGACUGAUGCUCGUGCACUAUCCGCAAAAACAGGACUUUCAGACGCCAUUGACCGUGCUAAUCUUUACAUGGAGGCAGGAGCUGAUGCUUCCUUUGUUGAGGCACCGAGGGACGAUGAUGAGCUUAAGGAAAUCGGAAGGCGCACAAAAGGCUACAGAUUGUGUAACAUGCUUGAAGGUGGACGUACGCCAUUGCAUACUCCUGACGAGCUUAAAGAAAUGGGCUUUCAUUUGAUCGCACACCCACUUACCUCGCUUUAUGCAUCGACCCGAGCUCUUGUGGAUGUACUCAAGAUUCUCAAGGACAAGGGAACCACCAAAGAUCACUUAGAAAAGAUGAUUACUUUCGAGGAGUUUAACAGUUUGUUGGACUUGGAUUCAUGGUAUGAGCUUGAAACUAAGUACUCUAACCUCAGAAACGCGCUUGGGACAACAAAGUGAUGAGAUUCUGACAACUCUGGCCACAAUGGAAGCUCUUGGACAAUGUUAUCUUUUUCUCAUUUAGAAAUGAAGCUGUUUGUAUCAUAUCAUAUCAAUAAGAUUGUGUUUUGGGUUAGCAUUUUCAAUAAAGAUUGUUCAUGCUUCUCCGACAAACCAGAGAAGCCAUGUCUCUAGCAA